AUGAUAGAUUUGACUGAAAGUGAAGCCACAGAAAUUGAUGAUUUUGUCACAAGUCAUGCUAUGGUUUCUCCAGUAAUUACUGCACAAAAUCUUUGCAGUAUAAAUUCAUGUCCAGAUCAGCAAAUGUAUCGUGCAAGAAUACAGUUUUUAUUCCAGCUUGAUUCAUACGUUCAAAAUGAACAAGGUGAAGUUGACGAAGUUGCCCGUGAAGUUCUAAUUGAUUUAGUUCAUGAUGCAAUUUUAUUUGCUUCUGAUACACAAAUUACAUAUUCCAAAUCUAUUGUUUUUCUCACAUUGUAUAUUGCCAUGCUCCAGCAAGUAAUCUUUCAACCAUACUAUCAGCCAGAAAAGCUUUUAAAGAAAUUUGAGCACGCAUUGUUGAUUCAUUCAGUAGAACGCCCUCCAUCUUCUUCUGGAAUCUUCGAUAUAUCUGAUAUUAAAAUACUCCAAGAGUUCUUUAUUACAAAAUUCUUCAGAAAUGCAAAAAUGAUUCAAUAUUGUUUUACAAAACGGCCAAUCCUUUCUUUCCGUACAUUAUCACCAACCAUGAUAGAACUACCUCCUAUGCCAGCUCUUUCUGAAAUGGAGAUGGAUCAAUCUACUUUAUCUUCUUCAGCUCCAGAGUCAGCCAAGGAAACAGCCUCUGAUGAACAAAAGCAGCCUACAUCUCAACGUGAUUCAGGAAGAUCCUCUAAAUCUCGUGAUCGCAGUACUACAUCUCCAAGAGGACAAGAAUCUCAAGAACAACAACAGCAGAAACCUCCAGAACAACAAAUUCCUCAGAUCGAGCAAGAGGAAGUCAAAGAUCGUGGACCACAAGUUCCUACUGACAUUCUCAAAGAAACUCUUUCUAAAAUGCACGAAAAAUUCGUCGCAGAAUUCGACGAAAAGGAAAGAGUUUUGAUCGGAAAGAUAAAGGAAAUCGAAAUCCAUAUGGGAGAAAGACAGAACGCUCCUGCUAAAAAGACAACUCGUAAGAAAUAA